AUGUCUGACUCCAGCGCUACAGGACUGAUCUGUAACAAGGGUUCAGCCGAUUCCUACGUUAGUCGCCCCUCGGAUUCCGACCUGUCCCUGGAGGACGACCAGGAGGCGUCUCGGCGCGAAGCCGAGCGCCAAGCUCAGCUACAGCUCGAGAGAGCCAAGUCAAAAGCAGUGGCCUUUGCCGUCAAAACCAAUGUUAGUUAUUGCGGGGCUCUGGAUGAAGAUUGUCCAGUCCAAGGCGCAGCUAUUAAUUUCGAAACCAAAGACUUUCUGCACAUAAAAGAGAAAUACAACAACGACUGGUGGAUCGGUCGACUGGUGAAGGAGGGUGCGGACGUCACGUUCAUCCCGAGCCCAGUCAAAUUGGAGGCCAUCAGGAUCAAGCAGGAGCAGAAGGCAGCGGCGAGGAAAGGAGGCAACGCGUCAUCCGGAGGCUGGAGGUCUACACCACCAUCUGCAGCCAAACAGAAGCAGAAACAGACGGAACUCGUGCCCCCAUACGAUGUCGUUCCCUCCAUGCGGCCGGUGGUGCUGGUAGGGCCAUCGCUUAAAGGUUACGAGGUGACGGACAUGAUGCAGAAAGCAUUGUUUGACUUCCUAAAGCACAGAUUUGACGGCAGGAUCUCCAUCACACGGGUGACCGCGGACCUGUCGCUUGCCAAACGCUCGGUGCUGAACAAGAAGGCCAUCAUGGAGCGAUCCAACACGCGCUCCAGCCUGGCUGAGGUCCAGAGUGAGAUCGAGAGGAUCUUUGAGCUCGCCAAGUCUCUGCAGCUGGUUGUCCUGGACGCAGACACCAUCAAUCACCCUGCACAGCUUCUCAAAACUUCUCUGGCACCCAUCGUCGUCUACGUCAAAGUGUCCUCGCCCAAAGUUUUGCAGAGGCUGAUCAAAUCUCGAGGGAAGUCCCAGAGCAAACACCUGAAUGUCCAGAUGAUGGCGGGGGACAAGCUUGCGCAGUGUCCACCUGAGAUGUUUGACGUGAUCCUGGAUGAGAACCAGCUGGAGGACGCCUGCGAACAUCUGGCCGAGUAUCUGGACAUUUACUGGCGUGCGACCCACCUUCCUUGUUCUGCCCCCGUCAACCCGGCCCAGGACCAAAGUGUGAUCACGCCCCCGUCCGCUAACUCCAGUCAACAGUUCUCGGAGACUCAAGAGUUAAUCGAGUGACGACUUCCUCGCACUUGUCACGACGCCAGGGAGGUUGCAAGGUGCUUACUCCCUUCUCCUCCCGUGGAAGGCCGGCAGUGCCACCGUGCG